CAUUAACUAACGCCAACCGAUCAUUGAGGUUUGUAGUUAUGUUUUAAAAAGUUAUAAUGAAUUAUCUAUCUUCUAUGAAGCAAGUAAGAAGCAAAAAGUGCCACAAGUGAACCAAGGGACAACAGUGUACGUUUUCAUGGUUACUGUUUACUUAUAACUGCCAGCCGUUUCCAAGUAGUGUUUUCAAAAAAAGGCGAAAAAUUUUGUUUCAUAAUGUCGGUUGCAAGCCUCGCCAAUGACGACCCUAAGGUUCAUGCCGUGUUGGACGGACAUCAUCUAGCUGUGACAAGUGUUAGCUUUAACCCAAAUGGGCAGCAAUUUGCAAGCAGUUCUGAAGACCACAGUAUUAUGGUCUGGACGAAAUGGUCUGAAAAAUUACCAACUGGACCCAACUAUAGAUUUUCUGGUCAUGACAAUGCUGUUACUUGUAUAAGUUUUUCUCCAAAUUGCAAAAUACUGGCAUCAUGUUCAAAAGAUCGCACUGUUCGAUUUUGGGUUCCAAGCGUUUUAGGAACCUCCACACAGUUUAAAGCCCACACCUCUGCUGUUAAUACUGUUAGUUUUUCGCCAGAUGGAAUGAAGAUUUUGACUGGCUCGAAUGAUAAAUCUGUUAAACUGUGGGACGUUGAAACUUGUCAAUUUAUAACAAGUUACUUAGGACAUAAUAACUGGGUGCGAUGUGCAAAAUUUUCUCAUUUGGGAAAUUUAAUUGCUGCCUGCUCGGAUGAUCGUACAGUUCGGAUUUGGGACUCAGUGAGUGGCGACUUGGUUCAUACUUUUACUGGAAAACACGGCAGUCCAAACUAUAUAGCAAUGCAUUCCAAUAAUAACACGUUAGCUGCCGCUAUGGACUCAGGAGCUGUCCGAAUUUACGACAUAAGAAACAAAAAGUUGAUACAACACUAUACGUUGCAUAAUAACGUCACUUGUGUGGAUUGGCAUCCGAGAGCCAAUUAUCUUUUAGCCAGCGGCUUGGACUGUAAAUUAAGUAUUAUCGACAUUAUGGAGGGUAGACCCAUAUACACCUUAAGUGAUAAAGCUGGGUUUACCACUUGCAAGUUUAGCGCAGAAGGGAAUUUUUUUGCCUCCGGUGGAAUUGAUAAGUCUCUGAUAGUUUGGAAAACGAAUUUUAUUGUGUAAAUGCACAUUUUUACUUGCAUAUACGUAUUUUACUUUACGUUUUAGGAGCAACACAUUGUACUUGCGAGCGUGUUUAAAUCGUUUUGAAAUAGUAUUUUAUUAAACCUGUUUUAUGUUUUGUUAAGCCUGUUCUUGACGUGAAGUUUACUACUUAUUUAACAUGUUUCAAGUUAUCCGAUUUAAGUUGUCGCGAAAACUCCACUCAAGAAUUGUAUACAGGGUGUCCCGUAAAUAAAAAAUGUAUGGAUCCUUUGUUUUCAA